GUGCAGCUUGUUUCUCUCUGCAGAAGCAGCAGAAACUGGAGCUUCCUCCUCCUGCCACCUCCAACAUGGCGGCUGCAGAGACGCAGGGCGGUUCGGGGUUCCCAAACAGAAACCCUCUCUGUUCAUCUUGUUCUGACUCACUGUCACCUGACCGGCCAUCCUCUCUGUCACAAACACACACCUGCAGACAGCGCCUGUAGAUCCCAGAUCGAGUCGAACCGCGGUGCAGACGGUCGGUGAGCAGCGGUCCGUCCAGGAGCUUCCAGCCAUGGUCUUCGAGUCUGUGGUCAGCGACCUGCUGAACAGGUUCAUCGGGGACUACGUGGAGAACCUGGACAAGUCUCAGCUGAAGAUCGGGAUCUGGGGAGGAAAUGUUGUUCUGGAGAACCUGAAGGUGAAGGAAAAUGCUCUGAGCGAGUUUGAUGUCCCCUUCAAAGUGAAAGCUGGACAGAUCGGGAAGCUGACGCUGAAGAUUCCCUGGAAGAACCUCUACAACGAUGCGGUGGUGGCCACCUUGGAGGGUCUGUACCUGCUGGUUGUUCCUGGAGCCACUCAGUCUCACAUGAAAUCUUCUCCUUAUAACGCCAUAAAGUACGAUGCAGCGAGAGAGGAGCGCUACCAGCAGGAGGCCAAGCAGAGGGAGCUGCAGCGCAUCGAGGAGGCGCUGCAGACUGCUGGACGUAGAGCGUCUCAGACCGGAGAUCUGCUGUUUGGUCUGGAGAGCGUUGUUUACAAGGAACAGAUCAACGUCCCUAAAGGACGUAAAAAAAACAAAAAGCACAAAAAAGCUUUAAAGAAGCUGAAACGACACGAAAACAAAACAGAUAAACCUCAGGAGGAGAAGAAGGACACGUUUAUGGAGAAACUGGCCACUCAGGUGAUAAAAAACCUGCAGGUGAAGAUCAGCAGCAUCCAUCUGCGCUACGAGGACGACCUGUCAGACCCACAGCGCCCCCUAUCGAUGGGAGUGACUCUGUCAGAGCUUAGCCUGCAGACCACUGAUGAGAACUGGAAGCUGUGUAUUCUGAAUGAAGCUGCAAAGAUCAUCUAUAAGCUCGGCCGUCUGGAAAGUCUCUGUGCCUACUGGAACGUCUGCAGUCCCAUGUACUACAAAGGUUCAUGGAAGGACAUCGUAGACCAGUUGAAGUCAGAGAUCAGCAGCAAAGACCAGCAACUGCCUCACUAUCAGUACAUCUUCAAGCCGAUCUUCGCUUCUGCUAAAAUGUGCAUCAACCCGAACGCAGAGAUAGAGCUGAAGUCUCCGAAGGCGAACCUUCAGCUGGAGGUCCAGAACAUCGGCAUUGAGAUGACCAAACCCCAGUACCUGAGCAUGGUGGACGUACUGGAGUCCAUUGACUUAAUGGCAAAGAACGCCCCCUACAGGAAGUUCAGGCCUGAUGUCUCUGUCCAUGACAAUCCCAAAGUCUGGUGGCGCUACGGCUUCAACAGCAUCAUGGAAGUCCACAUCCGACGCGUCAGCCACAUGUGGUCCUGGUCCAAAAUCAGGCAGCACCGGGAGAGCCUGAGGGCCUACAAGACUGCCUACCAGAGCAAACUGCUCAACCAGAACAAGUCCAGCCCAGACACUGAGAGACAGAUCCAGGAUCUGGAGAAAAGCCUCGAUGUGUUCAACAUCACUCUGGCGCGUCAGCAGGCCCAGAUGGAGGUCAUCCGGUCGGGACAAAAGCUGGCCGGGAAGAAGGCUGCGGGCCAGAAACAGGGAGGAGGCUUCUUCAGCGGCUGGUUUGGGAGGAAGGCCAAGAAGGAGGAGCAGGAGGAGGAGAACAAGGAGCCUGAGAGUUCAGGUCUGGAUCAGAUAAUGACGGCUGAGGAGAAGGAGAAACUCUACACAGCCAUUGGUUACAGCGGCAGCUCCCACAACCUGACUUUACCCAAACAGUACGUCGCCGUGGUCCUCACCUUCCAGCUGCUGAAGACCUCCGUGACGAUCAGAGAGGACCACGAUGUACCAGAGAUCCUCAACAUCCAGAUGGUGAACCUCAGCACCAGAAUCUCUCAGAGACCCGGAGCGCAGGCUGUCAGGGUGGAGGCAGAGUUGGAGCACUGGUACGUUACGGGCCUUCAGCAGCAGGGCUCGGUCCCCUCGCUCAUCGCCUCUGUGGGGGAUUCCUCAUCAUCGCUGCUCACUGUUGUGUUUGAGCUGAACCCUGAGGAGAGUCCUGCUGACCAGCUGCUGAAAAUCCACUCCCAGCCUGUGGAGAUCAUCUACGAUGCGGUGACCGUCAACAGUAUGGUGGACUUCUUUAAGACGGGGAAAGGAGUGGAUCUGGAGGUUCUGACUUCUGCCACGCUGUCCAAACUUGAGGAAAUCAAAGAGAAAACCGCUGCAGGUUUGUCUCACAUCAUUGAAACCAGGAAAGUCCUGGAUCUGAAGAUCGACCUGAAACCAUCUUACCUGAUAAUCCCAAAAUCAGGAUUUUACAGCAGCACAUCACACCUGUUGAUAGUGGACUUUGGUUGCUUCCAGCUUCACAGCGUGGACCAGAGCAGCCUGGGCUCGUCUUCGUCCUCGUCUCUGGAGGAGGUGAUGGACCGAGCCUACGAGCGAUACGACGUGGGGCUGAGGAGAGUCCAGCUGCUGUACAGCCAGUCAGGAGACGCCUGGAAGACGGCCAGACUGCAGAGCUCAUCGCUCCAACACAUCCUUCAGCCCAUGGACCUCACUCUGCACCUGGCCAAGUGUAUGGUGGAGAAGGACGCCCGGAUGCCCAGGUUCAAGCUGUCUGGAGAGCUGCCACUAGUGCAUGUCAGGAUCUCUGACCAGAAGAUCCAGAAGGUCCUGGAGCUGGUGGACAGCGUUCCUCUGCCCAGGAUGGACUCUGCUCCGUCCACCCCCACUGAGAAGGCGCUGCCGCUGUCCAGGGUUCCACCUGGAAACCUCGACCCCGCCUUCCUCGACACGUUAGAAACAGACUCCGAUGAGGAUGCCAGCGAGAAACUGACAGACGAGGAGCAUCAGCGAUCCGCUCUGGAGGAACUCAUCAACAUUCACUUCAAGUUUGAGCUCAAAGAGGUUCUGCUGGAGCUCACACAGCAGGCGGACCAGGAGAAGACCAUGCUAGCCUUCAACAUCUCACAGCUAGGAGCUGAAGGCAAGAUGCGAAGCUUCGAUCUGAGCAUCACCUCGUACCUGCGGCGAGUCGCAGUCGACUACUGUGAUGUUCCAGCUGGCAGGAGUCCUCUCCACCUGAUCAGCUCCUUACAACCGCAGGGCUCCCACCUGCUGAAGGUGGAGUUCGUCAAGGCCGACCCGACCGGUCCGGCCUUCCAGACUCUCUUCAACAACACGGAGCAGAUGCUGAAGGUGGAGGUUUCCUCUCUAGACUUCCUCCUUCACACCAAAGCUCUGCUGGCAGCCAUCAGCUACCUGAGCAGCGUCGCGCCGUCGCAGCUCCGCGCCGCGCCGGACCAACAAACUAAAAAGCAGGUGCAGAAAAGCGAGCGGGGCCGCGCAGUGUCUAAAGGCGGUAAAGAUGGCGGCAUCUUCAGCUUCAAGCUCUUGGCCAGGUUGGGCUGCUUCCAUGUGGAGGUUUGCGAUGAUCGCUGCAGCAUCGCCGACAUCAGAGUUCAGGGAAUCAAUGCAACGGUGUCCGUGCAGGCCAAGGAGACGGAGGUGUUUGCUUGCCUCAAAGACAUCGUGGUCACAGACGCCAACCCCAAGACCGUCCACAAGAAGGCGGUGUCCAUCGUGGGGGACGAGGUGUUCAGCUUCAAGCUGUCCUUGUUUCCCGGGGCGACGGAGGGGGACGGAUACAGCGACGUGUCGAAGGUGGACGGGAAGGUCACCAUGAGUCUGGGCUGCAUCCAGAUAGUCUACCUGCACAAGUUCUUCAUGUCUCUGCUGGCUUCUUUUAGCUUUCAGUACCCGUCAGCUGAUGAGAUGUUCGUCGACAACUUCCAGACGGCUAAAGAAGCUCUGAGCAGCGCCACUUCUCAGGCCGCAGAGAGAGCCGCCUCCAGCGUCCGGGACCUGGCUCAGAGGAGUUUCCGCCUGUCCAUGGACAUCAGGCUGAAGGCUCCGCUCGUCAUCAUCCCUCAGUCCUCCACGUCCCAGAAUGCCUUGUUGGUGGACCUGGGACUGAUUACGGUGGAAAACAGCUUCGCUCUGCAGUCGGGUGAAGGAUUCCCUCUGCCGGCCGUGGUGGAGAAGAUGGACAUAAAGCUGACGCAGCUGAAACUCUGCAGAAAAACACCAAAGCUGGACUUUCCUCCCAAAGACGUGGAGAUCCUUCAGCCCAUCAACGUGGACCUGCUGGUCACCAGGAACCUGGCUGCCUCCUGGUUCUCAGAGCUCCCCGGCCUGCAGGUCCAGGGACUCCUGCGCUCGCUCAGCAUGAGUCUGGGUGAAGAAGAGCUCGGUGUGCUGAUGAAGAUUCUGGUGGAAAACAUCGGCGAGGGCAGCAAAGAUUACAGUUUGGCUGUGAAAACUCAGGCAGCAACAGAGAAGGCAAAGCUUGCCCAGGACGCCUCGUUACAGUCAGGAUGUGACGGCAUGCUGGCCACCACCAGCAAAGGCCCGGCUGAGCAGGACGCCAUUAAGGUUCUGGUUGACUUUGAAGUCAAACAGGUGCUGCUCUGCCUCAAGAAGCACAUCAAGCAGGAGGAGACGCCCUUCCUGGUCUUCCAGCUCGAUCAGCUGGGAAUUAACGCCAAGGUCCGGAAGUACGAUAUGAGUGCCACCACCUACAUCAGACACGUCUCCAUGAAGAGCCUGGAGUUCAAAGACCCGGGUGGAGGUCCGCUGUGUCUCGUCAGCUCCUCGGCCGACUCUGGAGCCCAGCUGCUCAAAGUGGAGUUCUGUAAGGCGGACCGGAACGGACCAGAGUUCUGCACCAGCUACGAGAAUACGGAGCAGAUGAUCCACGUCACCUUCACUUCUCUGGACGUCGUGCUCCACACCGAGGCUCUCCUGUCAGCCGUUAACUUCCUGUCGUCGUCCCUGUCGUCUGGCAGCAUUCCCUCCGCAGAGACGGACGUGCGGCUGAAGACGGAGGACAAGAUGACGUCUGCGAGGUCCAAUGUCCCCGCCUCCCCUGUAGACUCUCAGGUUGUAGAUCUGAAGGUGACGAUGAUGCUGGGAGCCUUCAACGUCCUGGUGUGUGACCAGACCUGCAACAUGGCUGAGAUCCAAGUCAGAGGCUUGGACAGCUCCUUGGUGAUACAAGGACCUCAGACUCACAUAUGGACCCGCCUGCAGGACGUCGUCGUCAUGGACGUUGAUCCCAGAAGCGUCCAUAAGGAUGCCAUCUCCAUCGUGGGAGACGAGGUGUUCAGCUUCAGCAUGAGUCUGACUCCCAACGCCACGGAGGGCGCCGGCUAUGAAGACACGUCUAGAAGUGACGGACGGGUGAAGCUGACUGUGGGCUGCAUCAAGGUGGUCUACCUGCACAAGUUCAUCAUGUCUCUGCUGAACUUCAGCAAUAACUUCCAGACGGCUAAAGAAGCUCUGAGCACGGCGACGGCUCAGGCUGCAGAGAAAGCAGCGUCCGGCGUCCGGGACCUGGCCCAGAGGAGCUUCCGUCUGUCCAUGGAUGUCCGGGUUAAGGCCCCCCUCAUCAUCAUCCCUCAGUCGUCCACUUCCCAUCAUGCACUUGUGAUGGACCUGGGUCUGAUCACUGUGGGGAACAGCUUCUCUUUGCUGCCGGUUGAAGAAGGUCGCCUGCCGGCUGUCGUGGACAACAUGGAUGUGCAGCUGUCUGAGCUUCAGCUGUCCAGGACUCUGUUGGACUCUGGUUCCAAAGAAUCCAACAUGGAGCUGCUGAAACCGGUGAAUCUGCACCUUAACAUCAGGAGGAACCUGUCAGCUGCCUGGUACAAGAAGAUGGCUGUUGUGGAGGUCACUGGAGACCUGAAGCCCAUGAAGCUGGAGCUCAGUCAGGACGACCUGAGGGUCAUCCUGCGGAUCAUGACGGAGAACCUGGGAGAAGCUGCUGCUCUGGAUCCCUCUGCCCCCCGGCAGGAGGUCAGCCUGCAGGUUCCAGCUGCCAGAGGACGGCCUGCAGGUGAACCUGAGAAGGCAGCCGGCAGCAUUGAUGAACACGGGGAUGAAGGUGUGGAGAUGGUGAAGUUUAACUUCAACGUCGAGUCUCUGGAGCUGGUUCUGUACCACGACGACCCCAAACAGCCGCAGACGGAGCUCCGGCACGGCCAGGACCUGAGGCUGGGGGAGUUGGCGCUCCGUCUGAUGAAAGCUUCAGGAAAGAUCCUCAACAACGGCUGCAUGGAGGUGAACACCGUCCUGACGGCGUGCACGCUGGACGACCACAGGAGUGGCGUGGACCGGGUGAUGUCACGGAUGGUCGGACAGAAAGAGGAGAACGGCCACCAGGCCAUGAUCGACGUAACGUUCCGGCAGGGUCCUGCAGAGCGCGACCUGGUGGCCGUCUUGCAGAAGCUUUACGUGUGCGCCAGCGUGGAGUUCCUGAUGACUGUGGCAGAUUUCUUCCUGCAGGCUCUGCCUCAGAGUCCGGCCGCCGCUCCCAGCGACAAGCUGCCCCUCAGGCAGAGAGCAGAACCGCGAGCUGAGGCCAAGGCCGCCUCCGCUCUGAAGACCCGAGUGCGGGCCGUCAUAGUGGACCCGGAGGUGGCGUUUGUGGCCAGCCUGAUGAAGGCCGACGCUCCGGCGCUCCUGGCCUCUUUCCAGGGUGACUUCAACCUGCUGGCUGAGGACGGCACCCAGAACAUGAGGGCCAACCUGAGGGACCUGAAGGUCCUCGCCUGCCCGUUCAUUGGCAGCAGAGAGAGCGAAGCUGUGACCACCGUGCUCAAACCAUGCUCCGUGACCUUGGAGACCAAGACGAGUCCCAACCAACCCCUGAGCGGCUCGGUGACGGUGGAGGAGGUCGUCCUUAAGAUCUCUCCAGUCAUCCUCAACACAGUGAUGACGAUAACAGCUGGCAUGACGCCAAAGGCACAGGCUGAGCAGCGUGGGGAAUCAAAGACUGAUGUCAGCGACCUGUGGUCCAUCAUGAACGUCUACGACUGUAACUUCUGGUUCUUGGGGGUGGACCAGGCCAUCGAGGUGACAGAGAGCUACAAGGAGCCUGACGACAGUAACCGUGGAGAGGCCUUCACUGCGCAGAUCAAGGUGGUCCAGGUGACGCUGGAGUCCGGUUUGGGUCACCGGACGGUCCCUCUGCUGCUGGCUGAGUCUUCCCUUAAUGGAGUGGCCAGAAACUGGUCAUCUCUGCUGCAGCUGAAGGCCGAUAUGACGCUGGAGGUGAGCUAUUUUAACGAGGUCCAUGCGGUGUGGGAACCGCUGAUAGAACGAGUUGACAGCGGCCGACGCAGGUGGAACCUGGAGCUUGAGGUCAAGAAUAAUCCAGUCAUGGACAAGAGUCCUGUUCAUGGAGACGACUUUGUGCUUUUUCCUGAACCUCGCACCGCCAUUAACAUCUGCUCUAAAGACACCCUGAACAUUACUGUCUCCAAGUGCAGCCUCAGUGUCUUCCAAAAGCUAGCAGAGGCAUUCGCUAAGGGAACAGCCUCAGCCUUUGACUACAACCUGAAGGAGAAACCCCCAUUUACCAUUAAAAAUGCUCUGGGGAUUCCAAUCAUCUUGCAGCACAGCGCCAACUUGAUGCCCGUUGGAUCCAUGGCACAUGGGAAAUUACACGAGCUAGCGACUGAUCAGAGCAUGGACCUGGUCCACUCUGUUUUUGAAUCCACAAUCAGAGGAAAACUCUCAGCUUUGCAGCGGCAGGAAAGCUCCCUGUUUAACCUCACCAUUGUGCCCACCGGAUACAGCGAGAUCGCCAACAUUGCCGUGGAUAAACCCGGUCGACGUCUGUACAACGUACGAGGUCCAAUGCUACAGGAGGCGGAGUCGGUGCUGCUGCAGAUUGAUGCUGCUGAGGGCAACAAGAUCAUCACCGUACGCUCGCCCCUGCAGAUCAUAAACCACUUCUCAGAGCCCUUUUCUAUCCUGAAGUACUGUUCAACUUCCAGAAAUCUACAGAGCGUCGGCACUGCAGAGCCAGAGAAAGAGUUCAAUGUUGAUCUGGAUGCAUACAAGUGUCAGCUGUUUGUGCGUCCGGCCGGUUCCCUGGAUGGGCUGUACGGUCCGUCUUCCAGCUGUGUGGCCUGGAAGGAGCAGGUUCACUGCAGCUCCGACGUGCAGUCGAUGCUGCAAUGUCCUGCAUCUGACAGCAACCUGUUGCCACUGAUGGUUAGCACGCUGGCCGUCCCUGACGACCUGCAGCACAUCUCUAGCCACGGCGAGGAGGACUGGAACCCCGCCUACAUCAUCCACCUGCAUCCUGUGGCUGUGCUGUGCAACCUGUUGCCGUACACUGUGAACUACAUCAUGGAGAACUCCGCCAACGUCUACGAGCUCCAGGAAGGCAGCACAUCAGACCUGCUGAACGCUCGUCUGUCAGGUGAAAUCAUGUCCCUGGCGCUGAUCCAGUACCAGGGGCGUGGCUGGCAUGGACACAUUCAGAUCAACCGGGAACUGCCGGAGUUCUUCGCCGUGUGCCUGACCUGUGACACCGAUGCUGCCCAGACCCUGGAUGUUAGCGUUCAUGUGACAAAGACGAAGAGCAGCUUUCUGCUGUCGCUCUUCAGCCCGUAUUGGAUCAUCAACAAGACGUCCCGAGUGCUUCAGUACAAAUCAGAGGACGGCACCUUCAAGCAUCCGGCCGAGUACCGAGACGUCGCCCUGUUCUCCUUCAAGAAAUCAAAUCUCUUCACCAAAAGCAAGCUUCAGCUCUGCAUCUCUACAAGUUCCUGGUCAGACGGCUUCUCCCUGGACACAGUGGGAAGUUACGGCUGCGUUCGCUGUCCUGCCACCAACAUGGACUUUCUGGUGGGCGUUAGCAUCCAGAUCAGCAGUUUUAACCUGACCAGGAUCGUCACCUUGACUCCUUUCUACACCCUGGUGAAUAGGUCUUCUUAUGAACUGGAAGUGGGAGAACUUAUCAGCCUGACCAGCAUCAGGUGGCACUACAUCACUUCCUCCGAGUGCCUCCCGCUGUGGCCGGAGAACACCUCCAAGAAGCUGUGUGUCCGUGUGGUUGGAUCCUCGUCCAAUUCCCAGUUCUUCUUCUUCAAUCGGCAGGACAACGGCACCCUGCUGAGCAUGGACAUGUGUGGAGGGAUCAUCGUGGAUAUCAGCGUCUCUAAUCACUCUACCGUCAUCAGCUUCAGCGAUUAUUACGACGGAGCAGCCCCCGCCUUGCUGAUUAACCACACGCCCUGGGCCACCAUCAGCUACAGACAGAGUGGGUCAGAGGUGAUCCAUGAGCUGAAACCCUGCGAGGCUCAGCGGUUUGUGUGGGACGACCCUGCAGGAACCCGCAAGCUCAGCUGGAGCUGCAAGAAUCAUUCAGAGGAGCUGGAUCUGCUGAAGGAUGAGGUGAGUCAGUUUACCUACGACGGCCAGGCUCAGAUCCACUGGGUCUCCUUCCUGGAUGGACGGCAGCGGGUGUUGCUGUUCACCGAGGACACCGGCGUGGUGACAAAAGCCAAGCAGUCGGAGGAGCUCGAACAGUUUGACCAGGAGCUAAAGGUGUCUCUACAAAACCUCGGCCUGUCUCUCGUCAAUAACAGCAGCCGGCAGGAAAUCGCAUACGUCGGCAUCACCAGCUCAGGUGUGGUUUGGGAGUUUAGGCCAAAGAAUCGCUGGAAAUCCUUCAGUCAGAAGAACAUCAAUCUGCUGGAGAAGACCUACCAGAGUCAACUGAGUGGGAAGACGGAAGGUGGCUGGAUCAUGCUGGAGAACUCCCUAGAGGUGAACCUCAACCCAGCUGGCAUGAUGAUGCGUCAACCACAUUCGUGCCCCGUGAGGAGGAACUUCCUGUCAGGGAUCCAGGUGGAGUUUAAGCAGUCGCUGCACCAGCGCAGCCUGAGAGCCCAGUUGCACUGGAUGCAGGUAGACAACCAGCUGCCAGGUGCUGUCUUCCCCAUCGUCUUUCAUCCAGUUCCUCCACCAAAGUCCAUCGCUCUGGACUCAGAACCAAAGCCCUUCAUCGACCUGUCGGUCAUCACGAGGUUCAACCAGCACAGCAAUGUCACCCAGUUUAAGUACUUCAUGGCUCUGGUUCAGGAGAUGGCGGUGAAGAUCGACCAGGGUUUCCUAGAUGCUGUUGCAGCUGUGUUCACCCCAGCUGCUAACCUGCAGAACAAUGGACAGAAGUCGGGGCUGAUUGAAAGAGACCUGAAGCGCCUGCAGGCGGAGCCGACAGAUGCUUCUCUGUCUGAUGGGUCGGGACUCAGUUUCUUCGAGCAUUUCCAUAUCUCACCUAUCAAGCUCCACCUCAGUCUGUCUCUGGGCUCCAGCGACGGGGACUCCUCUCAGCAGAACCCCAUUACUCAGUCCCUGAGCCUUUUGCUGAAAAGCCUUGGAGCUACUCUGACCAACGUUGAUGACAUCAUCUUCAAACUGGCCUUCUUUGAGGUGCAGUAUCAGUUCUACAGCAAAGAGAAGCUGAUGUGGGCCGUGGGCCGACAUUACACCGAAGAGUUCCUUAAGCAGAUGUAUGUUUUGGUUCUUGGCCUGGAUGUCCUUGGUAAUCCAUUUGGAAUGAUCAGAGGUCUGUCCGAAGGGGUGGAGGCCUUCUUUUAUGAGCCGAUUCAGGGAGCCGUUCAGGGUCCUGAGGAAUUUGCUGAAGGUUUUGCGAUCGGAGUCCGCAGCCUGUUGGGUUCAACUGUUGGUGGAGCUGCAGGUAUGUUCUCCAAGAUCACAGGCUCCAUGGGUAAAGGUCUGGCAGCCAUGACCAUGGAUAAAGAGUACCAGCAGGAACGGCGGGAAGACAUGAACCGGCCAACUAAGGACUUCAGAGGCAGCCUGGCCAAAGGGGGAAAAGGACUGCUGAAGGGGGUCGUCGGUGGAGUUACUGGCAUUGUCACUAAACCUGUUGAAGGAGCGAAGAAGGAAGGGGCCGCAGGGUUCUUUAAAGGCAUCGGCAAAGGUCUGGUGGGGGUGGUGGCUCGGCCCACAGGCGGCAUUGUGGACAUGGCCAGCAGCACUUUUCAGGGAAUCCAGAGAGGCCCCCACAGAGCGGCCGAAGCGACCGAGGAAGUAACCAAACUCCGACCAGUCCGUCUCAUCAAGGAGGACGGCAUCAUCCGACCUUAUGACGAGACGGAGUCGCAGGGUUUCGACCUCUACCAGCCGGAGGAGGACUCGGCUUGCUCUGGUGACGAACAUUAAUGCCACCUGCCAGCCGUUAUAUGUGUGUUUCUGUUAUAUCCUCAUAAAUCUGCAGAUGCUUAUCUAUGUCGGUCUGAAUAUUAAAGUGAGACCAGUCAGAUUUCUAUGCAUGCUGAAUGUCUCUGCUCAUACUUAAGAACAUUCAUUUAUUAUUUUUUCUACAGACUCUGCUUUUUUUGUUCAGGUUUCUGUUCAUUUAUAGUUUAUUAAACCCAGUGAAAAAAAUGAGUGCUUUCCUAUUUAUUUUUCUAUAAAUAAAUUUAUGUUGUUGCUCAAAAAUUAUGUCAGUAUCUUUGUUAGAACAUAUCUAGUAUAACAUGAGACAGCAUGAACACCCAUCAUUUGUUCAUCAGAUUAUAUUGAAAGUUUCAUAGAAAUCUUCUAUGCAACAUGUUCUAAUGUCAGAUACAGUUAGGUCCAGAAAUAUUUGGACAGUGACACAAUCUACAUGAUUUGGGCUCUGCAUGCCACCAUGUUGGCAAUUACAAUGUAACUGAAGUGCAGACUUUAAUGUUUAUUUCAAGGGAUUGAACGGACAUAUCUGAUUAAACAUGUAGGAAUUGCAGAUAUUUUUAUACAAUUGCUCCUCACUAAGUAAAAUGUUACUUUUCAGUAUUUAGUUGAGAAUCCUUUGCAGGCAAUGACUGCCUGAAGUCUGGAAGCCAUGGACAUCACCAGAUGCUGGGUUUCCUUCUUUGUGAUGCUUUGCCAGAACUUAACUGCAGCCGUCUUCAGUUGUUGCUUGUUUCUGGGUCUGCCUUAAGUUUUGUCUUGAAAAAAUGAAAUGCAUUCAGAUUUGUUGAGGGCUGGUGAUUGGCUCAGCCAUUGCAGAAUAUUCAAUUUCUUUGCUUUAAAAAACUCCUGGGUUGCUUUUG